AUGGCCGUGGUUGAGUGUUUGGCUCACGACACGGAGGCCCCAGCUGGCAUAGUAAGUACACCACAACAACAUCGGUCGACGUCUGCGACGACGUCCAGAGCGGACCUGGAAUGCGAGUUCCCACCUAAAAUGGAGGAAGACCUCACUCAUAUAAGACGAAAGAGAUUGACCACCGAGACUGGACUGGUUUGUCUUGAAGACUAUCCGUUUACUGUUUCAAUAAGAUUACAUGGUAAGCACUGGUGUGGUGGUGCGAUAGUUGGAAAGCAAUGGGUUUUGACAGCAGCUCAAUGCUUUGACUAUGUAACCAAGGAGGAAGUAUCCGUGCGCAUGGGAUCAGUAUUUAGAGACUUCGGCGGCAGAAUACUCUCUGUGAUCGAUCUCAAACGACAUCCAGAUUACAGAAUGGAUCAGUACUAUCCUGAACACAAUUUGGCUAUGAUCAAGGUAAACAUCCCUAUAACGCCGUCAAGCCGCAUGCAGCCUGUAGCAGUGGCAGUAGCUGAUGCAGACAUGCCACCUGUGUUUGGAGAAACCAUUGUUACUGGUUUUGGAUCUGUGGUGUCUGGUCAAAUUCGUGAGGGUGAGAACCAAGAGCUUCGGCGCAUGAUCGUCCGAGAAAUUCCACGAUCCGAAUGCAGACUGAUCUACGGAAGCGACUACCAUCUCCAACACGAUCACAUGUGCCUUCAGAGCAUUGUCAAAGGCAUCGCUUUGUGUGCUGGCGACAUUGGCGAUCCAGCUGUGCAUUUUAGCGGGAUGAAUCGAGCGGGUACAUUAUAUGGCAUCGCUCUUUUCUCUGGAACCGAAGAGUGUGCUUACAAGUCCAAACCAGGGGUUUUUGCUAAGGUAUCAUACAGUAGAACGUGGAUUGACAAAGUUCUCAACGAUAGUGACCACGAAGCGGUGGAGAGUGCAGACAGCGGUGACAAUGCUAUACCACUGGAAUUAGACAAAUAAAUUGUACACAAUGGCAACAUUAUUACUGUAAUAUUAUAA